CGUUUCAACAUGGUAAUCCAGGACCGGAACAUUGGUCUGCGGUAAAGCAUAUACUCAAGUACCUACGUAGGACUAAGGAGUACAUGUUGAUUUACCAGGCAGACGAGUUGCUUCCGUUGGGUUACACCGAUUCUGACUUCCAGGCAGACCGGGACGAAAGCAAGUCGACCUCAGGGUUUGUGUUUACUUUAGGAGGAGGAGCCAUAGUAUGGAGGAGUGUCAAGCAGAAAUUCGUGGCGGACUCAACCAUGGAGGCUGAGUAUGUAGCAGCCUCAGAGGCAGUGAAAGAAGUUGUCUGGCUCAGGAAUUUUCUCCUCGACCUUGAUGUGGUAUCGAGUUUGCCCGCUGCAAUCACAGUGUUCUGUGAUAACAGUGGAGCAGUAGCAAAUUCGAAGGAACGACGGACUCAUAAAGCGAGUAAACACAUAGAGCGCCAGUACCACCCGAUACGAGAAAUC